CCAGGAACGCAAAAGAAGAAGACGACAGAGGCGGCAGCAUUGUAGCAUAAGGAAAUAAUCUUGUGGUCUUUACAUUACAAUCAACCUUUCUAAAAACGAUAUGCCCAAUGAAAAAGGAAGCCAACGACCUUCUUCAUUCUCGUAGUGUGUUCGAUAUAGACGCAGAGGGCAGCCUGCCGCCAUGUAUGCUGUUCACAGGCAGGCCCACACGCCCACUGCCGUGGAGUUCUCGGUCUACUGCAACUUCGUUUCCAGCAAGGAGAAAAAUCUCGUCGUCGCGGGGACAUCGCAGCUUUUUGUCUACAGGAUUAUCCACGAUGUUGAGAGUACAUCAAAGUCCGACAAGCCCUCAGAUGCCAAAGCUCGCAAGGAGAAGUUGGAACUGGUGGCCUGCUUUUCGCUCUUCGGCAACAUCAUGUCCAUGGCCAGCGUGCAGCUUAUAGGAUCCAGCAGGGAUGCAUUGCUCCUCAGUUUUAAAGAUGCCAAGUUGUCAGUCGUGGAGUAUGACCCGGGGACACAUGACCUGAAGACCUUGUCUUUGCACUACUUUGAGGAGCCAGAGCUCAGAGAUGGCUUUGUACAGAACGUCCACGUUCCCAUUGUCCGUGUGGACCCGGAGAACCGCUGCGCCGUGAUGCUCAUCUAUGGCACCAAACUCGUGGUGCUUCCCUUCCGGAAGGACACGCUGACUGACGAACAGGAGAGCGGAGUAGGAGAUGGACCGAAAUCCAGCUUCCUACCGAGUUACAUCAUCGACGUUCGUGAGCUGGAUGAAAAGCUGCUCAACAUCAUCGACAUGAAGUUCCUCCACGGUUACUAUGAGCCUACUCUGCUCAUUCUUUUUGAGCCCAACCAAACAUGGCCCGGGCGUGUAGCCGUACGUCAGGACACGUGCAGCAUUGUCGCCAUCUCUCUCAACAUCAUGCAGAAGGUCCACCCGGUCAUCUGGUCCCUCAUCAAUCUGCCGUUUGAUUGCACGCAGGUCAUGGCCGUCCCCAAGCCCAUUGGCGGGGUGGUGGUUUUUGCCGUGAACUCACUUUUAUAUCUGAACCAGAGUAUUCCACCGUAUGGCGUUUCCCUUAAUUCCCAGACAGUCGGGACCACUUCGUUCCCUCUUCGGGUACAAGAAGAGGUCAAGAUCACCCUGGACUGCUCCCAGUCAGACUUUAUUGCCCAUGACAAAAUGGUUAUCUCUCUGAAAGGAGGAGAAAUUUAUGUCUUGACGCUCAUCACUGAUGGCAUGAGGAGCGUGCGGGACUUCCAUUUUGACAAAGCGGCUGCCAGCGUCCUGACAACUUGUAUGGUCACCAUGGAGCCAGGCUAUCUUUUCCUUGGGUCACGCCUGGGGAAUUCACUGCUGCUUAAGUACACGGAGAAGCUGCAGGAGGCGCCGCCAGAUGAGGUCCAAGAACAGCAGGACAAAGAGAAAGAAAAAGACAAGGAGGAGCCACCAAGCAAAAAGAAGAGAGUUGAUUCCUCUACCAACUGGACAGAUGAGGUGGACGAGAUUGAAGUGUACGGAAGCGAGGCUCAGUCAGGCACUCAGCUAGCUACAUAUUCCUUUGAGGUGUGUGACAGCAUACUGAACAUCGGGCCGUGCGCCAACGCCUCCAUGGGUGAACCUGCAUUCCUCUCGGAAGAGUUUCAAGCCAACACGGAACCUGACCUGGAAGUGGUGGUUUGCUCCGGCUUCGGGAAAAACGGGGCGCUGUCCGUCCUUCAGAGGAGCAUCAGACCACAAGUUGUCACCACGUUCGAGUUGCCGGGUUGCCACGAUAUGUGGACGGUCGUCUCCGGUGAAGUGAAAGAAAAAGCAGUAAAAAGUGAGGAGUCAGAUGAUAGCGCUGAGAAGGAAACGGCUGAGGAUAAAGAAGAGGGAGAGAAGGAGAAAGAGGAGGAGAAAAAGGAGGAAGAGCAGAAGAAAGAGACACCUCUGGAGGAUGACGCCAAGAAACACGGCUUCCUCAUCUUGAGCCGAGAAGAUUCCACCAUGAUCCUGCAGACAGGCCAGGAGAUCAUGGAGCUGGACACCAGUGGAUUUGCCACUCAGGGAACCACCGUGUUUGCGGGGAACAUCGGAGACAACAAAUACAUCAUCCAAGUCUCCCCAAUGGGCAUCAGGCUGCUUGAAGGAGUGACUCAACUCCACUUCAUCCCAGUGGACCUGGGCACCCCCAUAGUGCACUGCUCCGUAGCGGACCCCUUCGUGGUCAUUAUGACCGCCGACGGCGUGGUCACCAUGUUCGUGCUGAAGACCGACUCCUACAUGGGGAAGACGCAGCGGCUCUCUCUACGGAAACCACAGAUCCCCACCCAAUCCCGUGUGAUCGCGCUUUGCGCCUACCGCGACGUCAGCGGAAUGUUCACCACGGUGAACAAAGUGAGCUGUCCCAUUGUGGAGGACACAAAUAUCAGUUCUGAAGUGGAGACGGUCAUCCAGGACCUCAGUAACACAGUAGAUGAUGAGGAGGAAAUGCUAUAUGGAGACUCAAGUGCCAACACAGCACCACAGAAGGAGGAAAUGAAUCGCACUCCAGGACAAGCGGCACCCUCUGGAAGCGAGGGGAGCCCACUGAGAUUCGAUCCCACACACUGGUGUAUGAUCGUCCGAGAAAAUGGCGUCAUGGAGAUUUACCAGCUCCCAGAUUGGAGAUUGGUCUUCCUGGUGAAGAACUUCCCUGUAGGUCAAAGGGUGCUGGUGGACAGCUCAUCUGGGCAAUCAGCAGCACAGGGAGAAGGCAAGAAAGAGGAAGUGACACGUCAAGGGGACAUGCCAGUGGUCAAGGAGGUGACUUUGGUUUCCCUGGGCAACAAUCGCAGCCGACCAUAUUUACUGGUCCAUGUGGAACAGGAGCUUCUCAUCUAUGAAGCCUUCCCUUACGAUCAGCAGCAACCCCAAAAUAACCUCAAAGUGCGCUUCAAAAAGGUUCCGCAUAACAUCAACUUCAGAGAGAAGAAAUCCAAAUUGAAGCGAGAUAAGAAGGCAGAAGGAGGUACCGGCGAUGAAGCUUUGGUCAAAAGUCGGAUUGCGAGGUUUAGGUACUUUGAGGACAUCUCUGGAUACUCGGGGGUGUUCAUCUGCGGACCCUCCCCUCACUGGAUGCUGGUCACCUCUCGGGGCGCACUGAGACUUCACCCCAUGUCCAUCGACGGCGCCAUUGAGUCCUUCUCCCCUUUCCACAACAUCAACUGCCCCAAAGGUUUUCUUUACUUCAACAAGCAGGGGGAGCUGAGGAUCAGCGUCCUGCCUACCUACUUGUCCUAUGACGCCCCGUGGCCAGUGAGAAAGAUCCCACUGAGGUGCACCGUCCACUACGUCUCCUACCACGUCGAAACCAAGGUGUAUGCUGUGUGCACCAGCGUGAAAGAGCCGUGUACACGCAUCCCCAAGAUGACCGGAGAGGAGAAGGAGUUUGAACCCAUCGAACGAGACGAGCGCUACAUCAACCCUCAGCAGGAGAGGUUUUCCAUCCAGCUCAUCUCUCCGGUCAGCUGGGAGACUAUUCCCAACACACGGGUCGACCUCGAGGAGUGGGAACAUGUGACCUGCAUGAAGACGGUGGCCCUGAGGAGUCAGGAAACGGUCUCGGGUCUGAAGGGCUACAUCGCUGCCGGGACCUGCGUCAUGCAGGGGGAGGAGGUCACCUGCAGGGGCAGAAUUUUGAUCCUAGAUGUAAUUGAAGUGGUGCCUGAGCCUGGUCAACCCCUCACUAAGAACAAGUUUAAAAUGCUUUACGAGAAGGAGCAGAAAGGACCCGUGACGGCACUGUGUCACUGCAGCGGAUACUUGGUGUCAGCUAUCGGACAGAAGAUCUUCCUGUGGGUCCUGAAGGAUAACGACCUGACCGGCAUGGCCUUCAUCGACACGCAGCUUUACAUCCACCAAAUGUUCAGCAUUAAGAAUUUCAUCCUGGCUGCCGAUCUGAUGAAGAGCAUCUCUCUGCUGCGUUACCAGGAGACCAGCAAGACGCUGUCGCUCGUCAGCAGGGAUGCAAAGCCCUUGGAGGUUUACAGCAUUGAGUUCGUGGUGGAUAACAACCAGCUUGGAUUCUUGGUGUCAGACCGGGACAAGAACCUCUUUGUUUACAUGUAUUUACCCGAAGCUAAGGAGAGCUUCGGAGGAAUGCGCCUGCUGAGGCGAGCCGAUUUCAACGUGGGCGCCCACGUCAACACCUUCUGGCGUAUGCCGUGCAGAGGGGCCAUGGACCCCAGCAGCAAAAAGACUCUGACGUGGGACAACAAGCAUAUCACGUGGUUCGCAACACUGGACGGAGGCAUCGGGAUGCUGCUCCCCAUGCAGGAGAAGACGUACCGUCGACUUCUCAUGUUGCAGAAUGCGCUCAACACAUUGUUGCCUCAUCACGCCGGUCUAAACCCGAAAGCUUUCAGGAUGAUGCACUAUGAACGACGAGGCCUGCAGAACGCCGUCCGAAACAUUCUGGAUGGGGAACUUCUAAACAAGUUCUUAUAUCUUAGCAUGAUGGAGCGCAGUGAAUUGGCCAAGAAGAUCGGUACCACUCCAGACAUUAUUUUGGAUGACCUUCUGGAAAUCGACAGAGUAACAGCUCACUUCUAAGAGCUACAGUCCCACUUUUUAUCCAACGCGAUGACAUUUUAUACCCAAUGGAGAAAGCUCAAUUAUGUUUGUUUUUCUAGUGGUUGCAGAUUAAUUUUUGUUUAAAAAAAAAAAAA